AUGUCCAACGGUAUCUUUGUGCAAGGCUCCCUCGAGUCGCAGAUCCUUGAUCUUGCGUACUACAUUUCUAAUUUGCGAGAGGAGGAGGGCGAAGAGGAAGCUCCAUACAUGCAAGAAACCAGAAAGCUUCUUGCAGCAAACAACAAUGACGUGUAUAUCCAGUUGGCAAAGGAUGGUUCUAUCUUUUUGACAAAGAGCGAUCGUGAGGUGGAAGGUGCCUUUAACUUGUUGGUUGUCAUUACCUUGCAAGCCAAGGAUGUGAAUGCUGCUGUCAAGGAAUUGAUCAAGACUCUUACACAGACCGAAAGCACCAAGACAAGCUUGAAGCAAAAGAUUCUUCUCAACUUGUACAAUGCUCUUCCAAGCAACUCGCCUCUUCGUUACGAUGCUUUCCUCGGCCUUGUUGAUGUCACUGCACAUGCUGAUGAAUUGGAUUCCCUUUACGGUCAAUUGGAUCAUAUCGAUGCCUGGGUCAAGCAAUGGGGAAUUGAUGCCCAAACCGAACGACAAUUGUACAACCAUGUGGGUGAAAAGUUGAGCCAAGUUGGCGAAGACAAGCUCGCAUUUGACUUUUUGCUCAAGACACUCGCCACCUACAACGACGAUAGUGCUUCCUCAACAGAUCUUGCCAAGGAUGCUGUGAUUCGUGCUGUGUCGAUCGAGAACUUCUUCGCCUUUGAGGACCUUUUGCAAUACACCGCCAUCCAAAAGAUCAAGGGCACCAAAGAAUACGAAUUGCUUGAUGUGUUCUUGAACGGCGAUCUCAACACUUACAAGACCUUUGCUGCUGCCAAUGCCGAUUUGAUGAAGCGUUUGGAUGCUGAUAGCAACGUACGCAAGAUCCGACUACUUGCUCUUGCAUCGCUUGGCUGCGAGAACCUUACACGUGAAUUGAGCUAUGCUGAAAUUGCAAAGAGCCUUGAUAUCUCUGAAGAUGAAGUGGAAAUGUGGGUGAUUGAUGUGAUUCGGGCUGGUCUUGUCGAGGCCAAGUUGGAUCAACUCAACAAGACCGUCAUUGUCCACCGAAGCGUCCAUCGAGUAUUUGGCAAGGAACAAUGGCAACAAUUGAGCGAAAGACUCAACACCUGGAAGGAGAGCUUGAAUGAAAUCAUGGCCGUGGUGGGCAACGCAAAACUUAUUGCUGGUGGUGCAUUGCAAGGAGGCGCAGCAGCUGUCGUUGUCGAGGAUAAGACUGCACAACAAGCUGAAGUCACUGUUACCAACUCUUCCAACUAA